GCUGCGGAGCUGCGAGAGAGAGAGAGACUGAACGGUGAUUGAGAGAGCAGAGCGGCGGCAGCCAUCUUAGAUCUACCGCACUAAUCCCAAAUUCACAUCUUCUGGAUAUUAUUAUAACACUGAGUGAAAUCUGAUUUUCUCGGCCGAUAGGAGCCAGAAUCAUACUGUUUAAAGCUUUACGCGGUUCUUUACAACGACGGGAUGCGGAACCGUGAGGUAAAACCUUUCGCGUCUGCAGUCGGUCUGCUUUUGGGACUAUUAUGCGCGGUGGAGGCAGUUAAAGUAAAUAAGCACAAGCCAUGGAUCGAGACCACGUAUCAUGGUAUUGUGACGGAAAACGACGACAAAGUUCUCCUGGACCCUCCACUGAUAGCUUUGGAUAAAGAUGCACCAUUACGUUACGCAGAGAGUUUUGAGGUGACCUUCACCAAAGAAGGGGAGAUCUGCGGCUUUAAGAUCCACGGCCAGAAUGUUCCGUUUGAGGCGGUGGUGCUGGAUAAGUCGACGGGAGAGGGGGUGAUCCGGGCUAAGGACAAACUGGACUGUGAACUACAGAAGGAGCACACCUUUACUAUUCAGGCAUAUGACUGUGGGGAAGGACCUGAUGGAGGCAACAUGAAGAAAUCUCACAAGGCCACUGUCCACAUCCAAGUAAAUGACAUGAACGAGUACUCUCCAGUUUUCAAAGAGAAGUCCUACAAAGCCACAGUGAUCGAGGGCAAAAAGUACGACAGCAUCAUGAAGGUGGAGGCCGUGGAUGCCGACUGCUCGUUCCAGUUCAGUCAGAUCUGCAGCUAUGAGAUUGUCACCCCCGAUGUGCCCUUUAGUAUUGACAAGGAUGGCAACAUCAAGAACACAGAGAAGCUGAACUACAGCAAAGAGCGCAUGUACAAACUUACAGUGACCGCGUAUGACUGCGGUAAAAACCGCGCCUCUGAGGACGUCCUUGUCAAAAUCAACAUCAAGCCCACCUGUAAACCCAGCUGGCAAGGAUUUAACAAAAGGAUUGAAUAUGAACCUGGCACAGGAAGUCUUGCAUUGUUUCCUAGCAUGCACCUGGAGACCUGCGAUGAGCCAAUAACCUCCAUUCAGGCCACUAUUAUGUUAGAGACAAACCACAUCGGCAAGGGCUGCGACAGAGACACGUAUUCCGAAAAAUCCUUGCAUAAGCUCUGUGGUGCAAGUGCCGGUACUGUGGAGUUACUGCCAGCUCCUGGCAACUCUGCCAACUGGACCAUUGGCUUGCCCACUGACAACGGGCACGACAGCGACCAGGUGUUUGAGUUCAAUGGCACCCAGGCCACAAAGGUCCCUGAGGGUGUGGUAAGCACCAGCCUGAAGGAACCCUUUACCAUCUCAGUGUGGAUGAGGCAUGGACCUGGAAGCAGGGAGAAAGAAACCAUCCUCUGCAAUUCUGACAAAACCGAGAUGAACAGACACCACUAUUCUCUAUACGUACACAACUGUCGUCUUGUGCUGUUGUUGCGUCAGGACCCGACUGAAUCCGAGAACUACAAACCUGCAGAAUUUCACUGGAAACUUGACCAAGUGUGUGAUAAAGAAUGGCAUCACUACGUGUUGAACAUCGAGUUCCCGGCAGUGACUUUGUUUGUGGAUGGUUCCACCUUUGAGCCUUUCUUGGUCACAGAGGAUUAUCCGCUGCAUGCCGCCAAGAUUGAGACCCAGCUCACCAUCGGUGCCUGCUGGCAAGACCUCUCAGGACAUGACAAUGAAACUCAAACACUCUCAGAGCCCUUGACAGGUGGCAGCGCCCGCAUGACUCAGUACUUCCGGGGCAGCCUGGCUGGACUCAUGAUCCGUACUGGAAAACUGGAGAACAAGAAGGUCAUUGACUGCCUCUACACCUGUAAAGAAGGUCUUGAUGUGCAGCUUCCAGAAGAAGUGGCCUCAGCUGUGAAGGUGGAGUUUAACCCCAACCAGUCUUCUCUGAGCCUAGAGGGAGAUGACAUUGAGAGCUUUGAGAAGGUCAUGCAGCACAUCUCUUACCUGAACUCCCGACAGUUCCCCACACCAGGCAUCCGUCAUCUUCGUGUCACCACCACAGUCAAAUGCUUCAAUGAGGAGACGUGUAUCUCCGUGCCCGACUCUGAAGGUUACGUGAUGGUCCUCCAGCCAGAGGAGCCAAAGAUCAGCCUCAGUGGAAUUGACCAUUUUGCCCGCGGAGCAGCCGAGUUCGAGAGCACAGAGGGCGUCACGCUGUUCCCCGAGCUACGCAUCGUCAGCACCAUCACCCGCGAGGUUGAGGUGGAUGCUGAGGCAGAGGCUGAGGGAGAGGAUGAUCCUACAGUGCAAGAGACGGUGGUAUCUGAGGAGAUCAUGCAUAACUUGGACACCUGUGAGGUGACUGUGGUUGGAGAUGAUCUAAAUGGAGAUCAUGAGAGCUUGGAUGUGGAUCUGGUCCAAAUUCAGCAGAGAGGUCUGGAGAUGAGUUCUUCCAACAUGGGCAUUGUCAUCACAGGUGUUAACACGAUGGCAAACUAUGAACAGGUACUGCAUCUGAUUCGCUAUAGGAACUGGCACACCGAUGCUCUGUUUGACAGGAAGUUCAAACUGGUCUGCUCUGAGCUCAACGGCCGCUACAUCAGCAAUGAAUUUAAAGUGGAGGUCAACGUGAUCCACACAGCCAACCCCAUGGAUCAUGCUAACAAUGCAAUGGUCCAACCUCAGUUCAUCAACCAAGUCCAGCAUGCUUCAGUUGACCUGUCAGGACACAACCUCGCCAACACACAUCAGGCUUCAGUUGUCCCCAGUGCCGCCACCAUCGUCAUCGUUGUGUGCGUGAGCUUCCUGGUGUUCAUGAUUAUCCUGGGCGUGUUCCGCAUCCGCGCAGCUCAUCAGCGCACCAUGAGGGACCAGGAGAACGGAAAAGAGAACGAGAUGGACUGGGACGACUCGGCUCUCACCAUCACCGUCAACCCCAUGGAGACUUAUGAGGACCAGCACAGCAGCGAGGAAGAAGGCGAUGAGGAAGAGGAGGAGAGCGAGGAUGGCGAGGAGGAAGAUGACAUCACCAGCGCAGAGUCAGGCAGCAGCGAGGAUGAGGCCGGUGAGCCUGAAGACCAGCAGAGCUCCAGCAGACAGCAGCAGCUGGAAUGGGACGACUCCACCCUUACCUACUAAAACACACACACACACAGAUCAGUACACUCACACUCUCGCACAGUCACACCACUCUGCCAAUAUGGAAGCCCAUGUUUCCCUUUCAGCCCCUACCUACAGAGCCAUGCGUACAAACAACAACGUAAUAAUUAUACAAUAUAUGUACAAUAUAGAUGCGAAUAUAUCUGGUGUCUGUCGUGACAGGUGUUGCAGCUUAUUUUCCACCAGCCGAGGCUGACAUCUUAUCGUGGUGAUUUUCUGUGUAGUGUAGUUAUCACAAGAUCCAAGUUAUUAAUUUAUUUCGAUUUGCUUUUCUUUGGAGCCGUGUAAGGACACAUCCCUGCACUUUUAUUUUGACUAUGGAGUCGGGAGAACGAUUUAAUGUAUAAUCCUUGCACAUGAAUUUAAGCUAGAUUUGCUACAGAAUCUAGAGGAAAAAAGGGUUGGACUCUUUGCUUUAUCCACGAGUACUUCGGAAAGAGAAAUAAGUUGGCAUUUUUGUCUAUAUUUUUCUUCUCUCUUUAUAUUGCAUGGCAAGAUUUGCAAUCAUGGGUAUGAAAGAAUACAAUUGCUUUUUGAUAUUUUGUAAAUAUGAUGAAACCAUGUAAUUAGUCAAUGUGUUCGUGAAAGCCUAUCCGACGACAAAAAUACACUGCUGUAGAAUAUUUCUGUCAAAAAUGCUUUUCGCAUGUUCAGUUCAACUUUUCCGUCAUGCUCGUACGAGACGUUCGCUUCACAGAUAGAGAAACCCAUGAUAGCGGCUGAGGUUUCUGUGACAGACUCCAUUGUCUUUCCUCUCGGGUGGGUGUGCAUCUUAUUUUUAUUUAGGCGUGGAAUCGGUUCGGUGUUUCGGCUAUACGUACGCUAAUACUAGCUGAGCUCGCAAUGGCAUUAACGCUACCACAGCUUCUGUGUUUUAGUCGAGUGGUGGCGCAGACGUUUUUGUUUUGGGGACUAAUAAUCACAUUCAGGUGAUGAAUAUACUGUUGUUUAUUGCGUGGUACUGUAUGUUGUACAAUUUAGGAACAUUGCGAUUAUUUAAGCCAUUCUUAAGUGAUAGUCAGUGCUUGUGUUUUCUGUAAUACAUAAAGACCAAUUGGAAUCACAGUAUGCACCAAUUUGGGAAACAUUUUGCGACUGUAGUGACUGUAAAAAACAAAAUUGCACUUAAAUUCAUAAGUAUAAUCAACAUGGAAGUCAUGUACUUUAAUCUUGACAGGUGAUGAGUUGCUGUAACUUAUCAAAUAAAGUUAAAAUAAGUUAAGCUAAGUCUUUGUCACAAGUUGAUGUGACUUCCAAGUUGGGCUACUUAAAAAUGUAGGCGCAAAAAUUAUUUUUUACCGUGUGAGAUGAUGUGCUAUCGAUGAUCGGUUAUAUGAGCAUUGUUAGGUCUGUGAUGUAUUUAACAGACUCGUGUUGAUGACAAUUUUAGCUCAAGAUGGUCCGUUUGAACGGUACUGAAAAUAAAGUAAUGGGGGGAUGUUUUUAUUUUUGUAUUUAAUUCAUUUUCGUUCGUAAAUUCAGGGUUAACCCAAUGACGUUUAGUUUUAGUAUUGAAUUCUUGUCUUUUUAAAGCCCCUAAAACUCUUUUAAACAUUAAAAGGGCUAACCCUUCCUCGAUCACAACACAUUUCAAUUUACUAGUAAAAAAUACAACAUACAAUAUAAAUGAGAUUUUUGCAGUACGGCCGCUAGAUUUUAUUGUACAUGGAACUGUACUGUAGAGUUGUGUAAUGAUAUUUGUUUACAUUUGGUAAACUUUUAUUCUAUUUUGGUGAUGGUGUCUUCUCCAGGUUUGCAUUUCUCCAUGUAGUGGCAUCAGUUUCAUUUUCUGACUGCGAUUUGGAAUUUUUUUAGGAUGCACCCUUCUCCGUAAUACCGAGCCCCUAAGUUGACAUUGGAGUAAAAAAAUCUAAAGUUUAGUUUGUGCUCACGCGAAACCUUCAUGUGCAGAAUUUUUUUAAAUGUUUAGUUUCACGUGCUCACGUGAAAGUUGCGCGUGCUCACGUGAAAGUUCCACGUGCUCACGUGAAAGUUCCGCGUGCUCACGUGAAAGUUCCACGUGCUCACGUGAAACUAUCGCGUGUGCACGUGAAAACGAAAGUUUCACGUGCGCACGCAAUAGUUUCUCGUGCGCAUGCGAAACUAAACGUGAUAGUUUUACGUGCGCACGCAAUAGUUUCACAUGUGCACGCGAAACUAAACUUUAUUUAAUUUUUGCUCCAUGUCACCUUAGGGGCUCCGUACUACCAAAAUGGUCGUAUUUUUCGGAAAAAAUAUCCAGUUUUUGGAAAACCAGAGAAUAUAUUCAGUUCCCGGUGGGCUUUAAAAGAAUGUUAAUUAUUUGGGAGAAUUUUGAUGGUUUAGUUAAGAGAGAAGUAAAGCUUUAGGGUACACUAUUAAAAAUGCAGGGUUUUUAACCCAUUGUGGGGUCAAAUAUAAACAUUUCUUGGUUAAUUUAACCCAACGGCUGGGCUUAUCCCUUUUUUUUUUGACCCAAUGCUGGGUUGAUGAUAACCAAGCAUUUUUUAGGGUGUACUUUAUUCAUUUUUGUCGAUGUAUUGUUUAUAGGCACGAAUUUUCUCAGUUUAAGAUCUAAAGUGAUAGGUGGUAUAAAUAUAAUUUUAUGUUAUGAGGAAAGGUACGAUGGGGAGUUGUGAAGAAGGUCUGUUUUUGUGACCAAUGAAAGGGCGAAGAAUGAAAGAUUUGUUCAGAAAUGUUGACUCUUAUUUUUUUUAUCCUAUGUAUUAAUUUUUUUUUAUUUCUUUUGACGAUUUGGUCAACAGAUCCCCCUCAUAAAUUCAGCUGGAAGAGUUAGGAGUGCCUUUUGCCUAUCACAGCCCAUUAAUAACAGAGCUAACAUUCAUCCAUGCCAUUUUAGUAAUUUUAUUUUAUAAUAUAUUUUAACAUUAGGUUUCUUAUAGACACACAGAAGCGAUUUUUAUUUGAUUUGAUUUCCAUUUAUGUUAUACUAGGGGGUCAACAGCUAGUUUUCUCAAUAGUGGACGUUUUAAUUGUCCAACAUAGAUGUCUUGUGUUCAUGUUGAUGUGUAGCUAAAAUAGGUCCAUACUGUAUCAUCAAUGAAUAUUGUACUAAAUCAUGUCACUUUUAAAAAGAUGUACUUUAUUGAAAUGAACUUUAGGCAAUUUUAACAAUUUGUGUAUAGUGCAAGGUGAUCUUGAAGUGUAUUUCCUGAUAAAGAUAAAGAGGGCAGCAUGAAAUUCAUAACAAGACACAAAUAUAACAGUCACAGAAUGUUUGUUUUCAUAUUGUAUUCUCAAUCAUUUUGUUUCCGAUCAGAUGAUCACUUCAUGAGACCAAAAUUUGUUUGAUGUUUAUACUAAAAAUCGCACAAAUCUUUAUAUCUGUCGUCCUUUCCCCCCUCCCCAAUACAAAUAUUAAUCUGCA